GAACUGAAAAAAGAAAUUCACGCCGGAAAAAGAAAGAAAAAAAAAAACCUUCGCCGUCGUUUGCUAGUCUUCGUCGCUCUAUCUCAAAACUCGAUCAAACAAUCCCAGUAAGCUUCUUCGAUUCUCCUCUCAACACCAUUACUGAUUCCAAGUUGAUAAGGACUUUGAAGCUUUUGUUUUGAUGGAAAGCAAAGGAAGAAUCCAUCCAUCUCAUCAUCAUAUGAGGCGUCCUCUUCCAGGUCCCGGUGGUGGUAUUGCGCAUCCCGAGACUUUUGGUAGUCACGGUGCUAUACCGCCUUCUGCUGCUCAGGGUGCGUUUCCUUCUUACAACAUGUUGCCUCCACCUGAAGUUAUGGAGCAAAAAUUCGUGGCACAACACGGGGAAUUGCAGAGACUUGCUAUAGAGAAUCAGAGACUUGGUGCAACUCAUGGUAGUUUAAGACACGAGCUAGUUGCAGCGCAGCAUGAAUUGCAGAUGUUGCACGCGCAAAUUGGGUCGAUGAAGUCUGAGAGAGAGCAACGGAUGAUGGGUCUUGCUGAGAAAGUUGCGAAAAUGGAGACUGAGCUUCAGAAGUCUGAGGCUGUUAAGUUGGAGAUGCAACAAGCACGUGCUGAGGCACGUAGUCUUGUUGUGGCGAGAGAGGAGCUUAUGUCUAAAGUGCAUCAGUUGACUCAGGAACUUCAGAAAGCUCGUUCAGAUGUACAGCAAAUACCUGCUCUGAUGUCCGAACUUGAGAAUUUAAGACAGGAAUACCAGCAGUGCAGGGCAACAUAUGACUAUGAGAAGAAAUUUUAUAACGACCAUCUCGAGUCACUUCAGGCAAUGGAGAAGAACUACAUGACUAUGGCUAGGGAAGUUGAAAAACUUCAAGCACAGUUAAUGAACAGUGCAAAUUCAGACAGAAGAGCUGGUGUCCCUUAUGGUAGCAACAUGAAUGCUGAAAUUGACGCUUCUGGGCAUCAGAGUGGAAAUGGUUACUAUGAAGAUGCUUUUGGUCCCCAGGGAUAUAUUCCUCAAUCAGUUGCUGGUAACGCAACUGGACCAAAUUCAGUUGUUGGCGCAGCUCAAUACCCUUAUCCAGGAGUAACUCAGCCAGGAUACUUCCCUCCAAGACCCGGUUACAACUUCCCAAGAGGCCCUCCUGGUUCAUAUGACCCAACAACAAGGUUACCCACAGGACCUUACGGCGCUCCAUUCCCACCUGGACCAUCCAACAAUACUCCUUACGGGUCAGCUGCAACAGCCGGUAUGGAAAAUGUGGUUGCAACUGUGAGUGGUUAUCAUGGGUCUGAUAGGUUCAAGCUCAUCAAGCUUAUUUCUCAUUCUGGAGCAAGUUAUGUUGGGGCAAUGUCAAAAUCUAUUACACAUUUGGUUUGUUGGAAAUUCGAGGGUAAAAAGUAUGAUCUUGCAAAGAAGUUUAAUACAGUAGUAGUGAAUCAUCAAUGGGUGGAAGAAUGCGUAAGGGAAGGGAGACGAGUUUCCGAGACGCCUUAUAUGUUUGAAAGUGGAGAAGAGGUUGGACCUUUGACGAUUGAACUUCCCGCAGUUUCUGGGGAAGCUAAAGUCACUAAGAAAGUGAAUAAGGCUGCUGAAACUUUUGAGAAAUACUUUAGUAAAGGUGAAGAAAACCGGAGUGGCUCCACUUCUGAGCUUGCGACUUGGAUGGACUCUGUCUUGUUGAAAGAGAAAAAUAUAGAAGCAAACAGACACUCAGUGAGAUUAAGAACAAAGAGGCCGAGUAAUAUUUUUGAAGACAAGGAAAACACUGGCGUGGCAGAAUCCUCGCGGAAGGGAAAGAGGCAGUUAGUAAAGCAACGCUCUUGCAGAAACCUUAUUGACCUAGAAUCUGAUGAGGAAUCUGAUAAUAACCGUCAUGAAAACUCUGAUGAGAACCGAAAUGAGACUCAGGACCAUAGAGAGCCUGCUGAUGAAAAUGAGAGGGGUUGUGUUUUCGAACAAGGAGAAACAUCAGCUCUUCGACAUCCUGGAGACUCUGCAACACAAAACUGGGAUGUAGAUGAAAUAGAGGAGUCUGAGAAUUGGAGUCAUUCAGCUGUUUUUAAACGUCCAAGAUCAAUUAGUCCAGAGAUAAAACCGCAAGAUGUUGGCUCAAACUACAACAAAUCCGAAUCAAUAAGAGUAGAAACAGAAGCAACUGAGAAGGCUCCUGCACAGGUUUCCGAAAGAAAGAAAACAACAUGUCCAUUGUGCAAGUCCAAUUUCAUCACCAUCACAAAGAUAGAAGAUGCUGAUUCUUCCGAUCAAAAGAUAUAUUCACAAACCGUCCCUGACUUAUCUUCAACAAAUAACACUCUUGUAGUACUCCCUGAAGAAGAACAAAGACAAACUUUUAAUCCACUGACUCGAGCUUCAGGUUGCAGCAGAUGCUACUUGACUGAGCCAGAGGAGCUUCUCAUAAGAUGUCAUCUCUGCAAUUUACGGCGAAUCCACUCGUAUUGUUUAGACCCUUACCUGCUUCCUUGGACCUGCAACCAUUGCAAUGAUCUUCAGAUGAUGUACCAGCGUCGUCACUACUAAAUAAAUAUAUGGCAAUAAUGUUUGAUAUUUGAA